GGUUGUUGGGGGGCAUCCAGGGGACACGUUGUAACCGGCUUGUCCUGUUUCUUCCCAGCCAGGGCUGGAGUCCCGGCCCCCUGGGAGAUGUGACAGUCAGUGGCCGGACCAGCCCAGACCCACACCCCAGUAGGCUGGCGCUCAGAGGUCGGCCGGCCCCUUCCAGUCAGGAUGGUGGACACAGGAAGCCCGCUCUGUGCUCUCUCCACCCUCGAUGCUGACGACCUGGAAAGCCCGUUAUCUGAAGAAUUCCUACAGGAAAUGGGGAACAUCCAUGAGAUUUCACAAUCUAUCGGUGAGGACAGCCCCGGAAGCUUUACUUUUCCAGAAUACCAGUGUCUGGGAAGUGGCUCUGGAUCGGAUGGCUCCGUGAUCACAGACAGCCUGUCCCCCGCAGCCAGCCCUUCAUCCGUCACUUGUCCUGUGGUUCCUGGAGGCGUGGACGAGUAUCCCAGCGGAGCCCUCAACAUCGAAUGCAGGAUCUGCGGGGACAAGGCCUCGGGCUACCACUACGGCGUCCACGCGUGUGAAGGCUGCAAGGGCUUCUUCCGCCGGACGAUCCGCCUGAAGCUGGCAUAUGACAAAUGCGACCGCAGCUGCAAGAUUCUCAAGAAGAAUCGCAACAAGUGCCAGUACUGCCGCUUCCACAAGUGCCUGGCUGUGGGCAUGUCACACAACGCGAUUCGCUUCGGCCGCAUGCCGCGGUCAGAGAAGGCGAAGCUGAAAGCUGAGAUCCUCACGUGCGAGCAGGAAGCCGAGGGCCCUGGCAGUGCAGACCUCAGGUCCCUGGCCCGGCGGAUCUAUGAAGCCUACUUGAAGAACUUCAACAUGAACAAGGUCAAGGCCCGCGUCAUCCUUGCGGGGAAGACCAGCAACAACCCGCCUUUCGUCAUACACGACAUGGAGACGCUGUGUAUGGCCGAGAAGACGCUCGUGGCCAAGAUGGUGGCCAACGGCGUCCAGAACAAGGAGGCUGAGGUCCGCAUCUUCCACUGCUGCCAGUGCAUGUCGGUGGAAACCGUCACGGAACUCACCGAGUUCGCCAAGGCCAUCCCAGGCUUCGCGAGCUUGGACCUCAACGACCAAGUCACCCUGUUGAAGUAUGGCGUCUACGAGGCCAUCUUCACGAUGCUGUCCUCCUUGAUGAACAAGGACGGGAUGCUGAUCGCCGAAGGCAACGGCUUCAUCACGCGGGAAUUCCUCAAGAACCUGAGAAAACCGUUCUGUGACAUCAUGGAGCCCAAGUUUGACUUCGCUAUGAAGUUUAAUGCGCUGGAACUGGAUGACAGCGACAUUUCCCUGUUUGUGGCCGCCAUCAUCUGCUGUGGAGACCGGCCCGGCCUCCUGAACAUCGGCUCCAUCGAGAAGAUGCAGGAAGGCAUCGUGCACGUGCUGCGGCUCCACCUGCGCAGCAACCACCCCGACGACACCUUCCUCUUCCCCAAGCUGCUCCAGAAGCUGGCCGACCUGCGGCAGCUGGUCACGGAGCACGCGCAGCUGGUGCAGGUGAUCAAGAAGACGGAGUCGGACGCAGCGCUGCAUCCGCUUCUGCAGGAGAUCUACAGGGACAUGUACUGA